AUGGCCACCCUACUUCGAUUAAGGCCGUCUGGUCUUAGCAGACAAUUACAGUCCUUCUCGAAACAGCCCACUCUCGCAGCCCGGUAUCAAGGCUCCUCCUCAUCACGACACUAUGCUACCUCCGACCGACUCCCCAAGAUUGCAGACACAUCCGUAUGGACAGCGAUGAUCCCGCGAUUCAUUCGCCAUCGCAAACCCCGCGACCCGCAGAGUAAAUCCAAGGAAUGGAAUCCAGCCACGUUCUAUAUCGUCAUAUUCACCCUCAUCGGAUCGCAAGCUAUUCGCAUGCUCACAUUGAAGAAUGACUAUACGGCAUACCGGCGGAGUACGGAUGCGAAGAUCGAGUUGUUGAAGGAGGUUAUUGAGCGCGUUAAACGCGGGGAGAAGGUUGAUGUGGAAAAAUUGUUGGGUACGGGUGAUGAGGCGCAAGAGAAGGAGUGGGAAGAUGUACUGCGAGAGAUUGAAGAGGAAGAUUCUCUGUGGCAUCGCAAAGACAAGAAGGAACCAGCUCAGCAAGUUGAGGAACCGACUCAACCGAUACAAAAGUCUCAACCAAAGGAGUCAACGACACCAAGCACAGAGGAGACGAAGCACCAGUCCCCACGGAAAACAAGAUUCUUCUAA